AUAGUACAUGGCAUUGCAUAUUUUCCUGUUUUCAUUCAUUGAUCAAAAUUCACACAUUUUAUAGUAACCACUGUUAAUAGACUCAAACAUUUUUGUAAUAAAAAUUCUGUUUUAUCUUUCCUUUAAAGUAGAUAAUUUACUACAAGUAUCUUUGUGUCUUGACUCGACUCCCUCAAAUGGCGAGUAAAAUUAUGCCAUCUACGACGAAUUCAGGUAAUGGCAUUUCACCCACAGAGAGCAGUCAUGGCUCGACUUACAAACAAAAGUACAGGAUUUUGAAGCGAAAAUUAAAAUUUCUCCUCUAUGAGCAAGAAAGUUUUCAGGAAGAAUUGCGAAGGUCUCAAAGAAGACUUUUAAGAGCAUCAAAGGACAAAAGUUUUCUUCUUGAUCAGCUUUUACAAGUUGAAGGACUUGAUUUUCUUUCCUCAGAGGAUGAAGAAACUGCUGUAUCAUCUAGUGAUGAUGAACAACAAAAGAGUGCUGCUGUUGACGGUGCUCCCAAGGAAAAAAGAUCGAAAAAGCAGUCCACUGCUCCUGUUGAUCCAAGCUCAGAAGCAACUUCAUCACAAGACGCUAAGAUUGACAACAACAAUCAAAUUCGAUGCAAAUUUGCUGAAAAUGGUAAGCAAUGUGUGAAAUAUGUUAGCAAGAGAGCGAAGUCUGGGUAUUGUACCACUCAUAAAACUGUCAUUCGAAUAGCGAAACAGAACAAUUCUUCAAACCAGGCCAGCCAACUUCUACCUUCUACUGAUGGACAGCUACACUCUGAUCUUGCUCAUUUAAAUGAACUACAUUUAUUGCGAAAUCAAGAGUCAACAGAAUUUCCAGAGACAUCUGCGACAUUACCUCAGGAUGUCUUCAGUAUGAAUGAUGACGAUAUAGUUAGUGACAAUGAGGAAUCAACAGAGUCUCAUAGUUUUCCCAAUAGUAUAUACGAAGGCGACGAUGAUCUGGUGAUAGAUCUUCCUGAAUGAUUGAAUGGUGUCCAAUUGUCAAUCUGUUACAAUUCACCACAGCCAUUGAAAAAUGUAGUUGUUUGCGAGUGGAUUUGAUGUGAAAGAAAUAAAAACAAUAAAAGAACAGGAGAAACGACCUUCAAUCAAAUUUGGUAUUAACUUCACAUGGCAGUGGAGCCUGUCUGAGAAGAUUUGAUCUAUGUUUUUGACCUUAUUAAUAAAAAAAUGUCAUUUUCUCAAAGCCUGAAAUAUUUCCAUGUAGUGUAUUGAUAACCUAUAGUUAUAAAUCAAUUCUGCUUGUU